AUGGCUCGACAAGCUGUGAAGAUGUGUACGAAUGCUGCUCAAUGCAUGAGCUCUACAACUUCACCACUGCCUAAGGGUCUACGGGAGAUUACAAGCAUUCCACGCACACCUUCGUGGUCACUUAAGGAGCUUCAUCAAGAACAUAAUGCUAUGGAUUCUCCUGUCUUGACAGAAAAGAAGCUUCGUGAACUAGCUGAACUAUGUCAUUUACAUGUGGAUGAUAAGAAACUACCAGAGCUGCUGAAGGACGUCGAGUCGAUCAUUCAGUGCACGAAAACGAUUCAGGUCAUGACGAUCAAUGAAAACAUUGACGAUGUGUAUGCUAAAAGUGACUUUGAUGCUGACGUCAUUGCUCCACUCAGGGAUGAUAUUGUCACAGCAGGAGACUGUGCGGAAAAGCUGUUGGCAAAUGCUGCAGAAAAGUCAGGCUACUAUUUCAAGGUUCCCAAGGUACUACAGGACUAA